AUGUCUGGAAAUUCAGAGCAAAAGCAUCUAACACCAUUGGAAGAACUAAAUGAAGAAUUUAAACGACAAUAUAAACAAACUUGGAUGAAUUUUUGGGAUUCAACUAUAGAAAAUAAUUCUGUUAUUGUGGAGAAAUUUAGCACAAUCACUCUUUUUCAUAAAGGAGAUGAGUAUCCAGGAGAAAAGUCAAUACCGCCGGUUUAUCAUGACUUAAAAGGUAUCGCACACAUUCCAUUAACUAUCUAUCUUCUUAUCAAAAACUCGUCUUAUUUAACUGAUGAUUCAUUGGACAAAUACUGGAAAGGCCUCAAUACAUUAGAAAUUCCCAAUUCAUUACAACCGGCAGAAAAAGAGUCCGCUAUUCGGAUAAUUACUGCUUCAAAGGUUCUCUUAGGAGAGGAAAUGAAUCAAAAGGGCUCACUUAAUCUACAGAAAGUAAAAGAUUUCUGCCGAAGUCUGACUGGAGACCUUGAUGUACUGCUAGAUGCAGCUGCAAUUGUUCAUGUGAAGAAUUUACAUACAAUUAUCCAGUCGUGGAUAAAAGACCACAAUUUUGAUCCACGAGAUCCGUCAGUAAAAGUUCUUCUUAUUGGUCCUCGUUCAAAUCGUCGAAAUAAUUUACAGACUACUUAUUUUCAAGGUCUUCUCGAUGAUCCACAAGGACGACGUAUUGUUUACACGGAAGAAUUGUUUGCAGAUGUACCAAAAGCUAAAUCAAUUUUUUCCAGAUGGUUUGUAGAUGAAGAAAUAAGUGACUACUUUUAUAAUGACCAGGAUCGGAUGCAUCGUGAAUUACUCAUGAACGAACGCGUACAGAAACAAAUUAACGACCUUGUUAAGCCAUAA